AUGAAAUUUCCUAUCGUGUCUGCUGUAGACCCAACUGUAGGAGAUUUGAAGGCAUCGCCUCUUAACGACACCGCCAUCCGUGUGAGCUGGACCAAACCACGUCCUGAGGAUCAAUUCAAAGACGAGUACCACGUUACAAUCUCCAUUCAGGGUUAUAUGAGGACAAUUACAACAAAUAACACAUCGAUCAUCGUAGGCAACAUGGAUCUUUCCAAGAUGAACGACAUCACCGUACAAGCUGUUUGGGCCAAUGGCACAGUUGUUACCAAGAGCGCAUCAACCUCCGUGCAGAUGCCUUCUACUGGUAAUUUAUCAUUGGUAUCUGCACAUAGCCCACCCAUUUUUGACAAAUAUGAUAUGACACUGCAGCACUGCAAAUCCUACUACCUGAAGCGUCUAACAAAAUAUGUGCAGAUCUUAUACUUCCUCUAA